AUGUCCCACCUGAAGGCGGAUAUCCCACAGCCAAGGCAAGGCAAAGCCUACGAUCCUUCCCCUCCGAGACACCCGUCUCUCACCCCACAAUGGAGAUGGGCGCAGAAGAACGUGGUCGACGUGCGGUUCAUACAGAGAACUAUGCUACUGGGCUUCUCCAAAUUUAAAAUAUUGUCAAGGACGAAGAAAGGUCGCGCUGAACUGAUUCGUCUGCUGCUAACGUAUGCAGAUAUUCCGUUUGACGAUCAUCUGUUGCGAGAUUUAGACUGGAAAUGCCUGAUGUGUAAAAUGCCGUAUGGAAAUCUGCCUGUUCUGUGGAUAGAUCACAAUGUGUAUGGCGAACCCAGUGCUAUCAUCCGGUUUCUAGCUCGCCAUCUUGGUCUUCUUGGAAACAGCGAGACUGAAUCUUUAACAGCCGAAGCCGUCCUUCACCAGGUACAAGAUCUGAAGGAAUCUGAAGUCAUGCAAAAAGCUUAUGAAGAGAUGCAAGAGUUACCAGAUGAUAAUUUUGAGAAACUAAUGAAGGUGCUCCUACCGCAACAUUUCACAUUUUGGACAAACCACGUCCAGUCUACACCAGGUCCGUUUAUCCUGGGAUCUGGUAUUUCUGUAGCAGACCUGGCCAUCUACGAUUUCAUCAACCAGUACAAGAAUUACAUCCCUUUACAUAACUUAUUGAUCGACUAUAAGGAUCUGCACUUUCUGUGCACACAAGUAAAGUUACACCCUCGGUUAGCUCAGUAUAUUAAAAGGAACGACGAUUAA